GGUCUGGUCAUUGAUCAACUUGUUUCAUUAACAAACCCAAAUUGUGCCAUCAAUUUGCUUCAAAAUGUUCUGGGGAUUGAUCUUGAAACAAGGCAAAAAGUACUCCAAGGUAGUGGAGGAAGACUUCCAUCUCACCCAUGCGGCGCUCGAUCUCUCCGAGUGCUCGGGCGAUGUGCAGGUUAUGCUGACGACAGAAAACAUCACGUAUCUGCUGUGCACGCUCAACAAAGCGAUCCCGCAGGUGAUGCUCGACCAGCAGUUCGCUACGGGCGAUGAAAUCAGCUUCGCCACCAAGGGACAGGGCGUCGUGCAUUUGACCGGCAACGUGCUGCCGGAUGAUAUGGACGAGAUGGAUAUGGGCGAAGAGGAAGAAGAGGAAGACGAAGAGCAGGACGUCCCGGCCGCGAACGGCAAACCGCGCAUGGCCAAACUGACGGCCAAGUCUAAGGUGGCCAAGGAAAUUGCUGCCGGCAAGGUGUCCGACGACAGUGACGAGGACGAUGCCACUUUCACCGAGUCGAUGCUGGAUGAUAGCGCCCUGAAUGGAGCUGAAGAAGAAGAUGAUGAUGACGACGACGAUGAUGAGGAUGAUGAGGAUGAUGAGGACGAUGAGGACGAUGAUGACGAUGAAGAUGAUGAUGAGGACGACGAAGAUGACGACGAUGAGGACGAAGAAGAGGACGUCCAGCCGAAGGCAAAACAGGCUAAGUUGUCGAACGAUGCCAAACCAACGAAUGGUAGCGCUAAGGCACCGAAGGAGGCCCUCAAGAAGCAGGACAACCAGGAAGAGAAGAAGACCGCUAUCCGCACGCUGCAAGACGGACUGGUGGCCGAAGACCUGAAGGUGGGCACGGGACCAGAAGCCAAGCCGGGCAAAAAGAUCGCCGUAUACUACGACGGCCGGCUCAAGUCGAACAACAAACUGUUCGACAGCACACACAAGGGCCCAGGACUGAAGUUCACCCUCGGACGCGGUGAGGUCAUUAAGGGAUGGGAUCUCGGCGUCGCCGGCAUGAAGGUCGGUGGCAAGCGGAAGUUGGUGAUACCGCACAAGCUGGCCUACGGCGUGAAGGGCUACCCACCGACCAUCCCGCCCAACAGCACGCUCGUGUUCGAGGUCGAGCUGAAGAAGGUCUUCUAAGCCACGGAGGGGAGAUGAAGUUCUUAUUUUCUUAUUCAUUUUUUGAAACCUAUAUGUCUCACUAUUUACAUUCUACUUCCGCACUACUAGUACCCGCUGGUUCAUGUACAGGAGAGGGGUUGGUGCUUAACAUAAGGAUAAGGACCCAAGUACGGUUCAAACUUCGCUUAUUAUACACGAAAUACAGACAAAUUAAAGAAGUAUGUUUAAAUAAAGAAAUAGAAUAA